AAGAUCAUCAUCGAGAGGCAACUUGGAAGGAGGUUGAAGACGCAUAUGAAGGAUAUAAGAAGUUUUUUUACCAAUACCAUCAGGACAACCCCGGAACAACUACAAACUGUUAUGAGGAAUUUCUCAUAGCACAAGGCAAGCAAGCCAAGAGAAAACGACCUUCUCUGGACAAAGCGAGUCGCAUAGUUCAUUAUCCUGAGGAAUCAGAUGAAGGCCGAGACAGUCUGAUGGUUAUUUCUCCGCACCGGUUGAAGAUGAUUGAUGACUUUAUGACAGAAAACCGAUUUAGCCUCCUACGCAGCCCCCCCUACACAGGCAAGACUACACUUGGUGUGGCGUUGCGAGACUAUUUCCUUGCUCUAAAUCAUGAAGCAAUAUACGUUUCCUUGGCUGGCAUAAAUGGAGAGGAAGCUUGCUUCAAAAAAAUUUUGUUUCAGGAUUAUUGGAAGGAGAAGGUGGGGUUCACCUGGGAUGAGAUUAUUCAAUGGACAGAACCUACCGAAAUCAUCAUCGACGAGGCACAAAUUAUCUAUCGCGAUUGUGCACCAUUCUUUUGGGGUAGUUUGAAAGAAAUUAUGACAAACUCCUGGAAAAAUCCCACCCUCCGAGUGUUGCUGCUGGCUACAUAUGAUCCAACACUCAAUUCUCAAUUGACUCCAGUAAGUUUUGGAAAGAGCACUUUCGGACUGGACACUCUCCGUAUGACAUCAAACGAGUUUGAACAGCUGUUAGCCACAUUUGUCGAACGACGGCGCACUUUAGGUAGCAGUGCCUUUGAAAUUCCAACACCGGCCUAUGUCGAUUUACACUGA